AUGAUACAUGGAAAAAAAAAAGGCACCUCUUGGGCUGACGAUAUUACUUUUUUACCGCACUCAGCACUUUCCGCUACCACAGCUAUGGCUUCCAAUUUGGCAGCCCAGCUGUCAGCGAUUGCGGCGACUUCAACAAAUACACUCAAUACCCAAAAGCUCAGAUCGAUUCAUUCCAUUUCUCUUCUUUUCCCGCCGUCUGUCGCUGCUGCCCAAGACACAGAUACCAUUUUCUCCAUCGCGAUCGAGGGAUUUCGGGAAUUAUGUCGACUAGAUAAGAGAUUUCUACUUUACGAGAAGGGCCUGUUUAGCGAGUAUUCCAAGAAUGUUGAUAGAUUUGUUUUGCCGCAAGCAUCGGCAGAAUCUCUUAACAAGAACAUCGAUGGUUUUUUACAGUUACUUUGUGGGCGUAUGCUCUUGCAACCUGCACUGAGGGCUCUAGAGUGGUUGGUUAGAAAGUUUAGGUAGUAUUUCACCUUCUUUAUUCAUGGUAGUUAUGCUAACAAGUAGAAUGCUACAGAGUCCAAGACCAGAAUACCGCAUCGCUAAUUUUGUGCUUCUUGCCGUACCAUGACCAUCCAACUCUAUUCAAAACUCUACUCUCCAUCCUCCGCCAGAAGGAUCUCCCCAGAGAAUUCAUUUUCCUCACACCCUAUCUCAGGAAGCCAUCGCCGGUUCCAAAGCAUGUUAUCACCCACUCACUCUCCCACCACAGGGACUUGUUCACUCUCCUGUGCGACCAUACGACCAACGCAGUCUCCGCGAAACGGGAUAGCCACCAGUUAGUAUCAUUUUUCUCAGUGGUAACUACGGCGUCAGUUUCGUUGAUGUGCGAUUCAAUAUCAUCCAAUAAAUCCGGCAGGGCGAAGAAUGUGCCAACUGCGGAGAACAUCCUCACUAGCACACUCCCGCUCCUAGACCAGGCAUUUUCAGCCAGAUCUUCUCCCGAGCUGGAGACAGGUUGCCAUAUGCUCACCAUCAUUCUUGUUACGAAACUGAGCCUGGCGGACACUGUCUUGACUGCGAUCAUAAAGUCAAUUGUAAACCAUUGGACGGUUGGAUCGUGUAAGACCGGAUUGACCUGUGCGGCUUAUAUAGCGCAAUCACGGUUAAGCAAUGACGUGGAGUUACCGGAUGAGGUUAUCAGUGCCCUGCUGAAACUUGAUAUGCCGGAGUUUGGAAAUAAAGGAUUGGGCGAGGCGAUCCUAUCCAUGCAAGUGAAGUACAGGGUGGAUAGACUGGUGGUUGCACUCUGUUUGGGUAUACUUAAAAGAUUGGGGGAAACAUAUGACGUUAAGGGACUCAGAAUUGUUAUCUCGCUCUUGGAGCGAGCAAAGAUGGAAUCACACCAGCGGUUAUUGGUGACCAAGAGGCUUGUCGAGGCUGCUCAGAAGGUGGGCAGCGCAGCGAUGAGUGGCGAAAAUACCAAUGAGAUCAGGGAAGCACUUGCUGGGGCUUUGGUGAAUUGGGCUGGUCCAGCACGUGAGGGAAAGAUUGGAAGGAUUCUCACCCAAGUUAUGGCUGAUGAUGCGAUCAAUGCUGAUGAUCUCGAAAUGCGAUUGCAAACGGUGAUUCGUACGUUACCUACAGCCCUCCCGGGACCGGCAAACAAGGCGGUCGAAGAGGUACCUGCCCAGGCUCAAACGCUUGAAGAUAUCCUUCCUACAAUACCGAGUGAUACCGGUGAAAAAACAAUUCUAGCACCCAAGGCCAAGAAGCUCUUUCAGGACCUCCUUCGCUUCUUUGUCGUGGCGGUCUUAUCCAAGAGGCAAGAAGAGUUCAUCAAGCUACCAUUAUUUAAGGACCUACCGCCCGACAAUCCCCUCCAGAUUUCAUUUCUAAUUGAAUGCUGGACUUCACAAAAGUAUCCUGCAGCUAUGAGAUCCUCCGCCUUGAGAGUGUGCGCAAAGGCCAUACGGAGACAGGCAUCAAAAUCAGUAAGCGUCGACUACCAGGCGGUCCUUCCGCACAUCUUCAUUGCACUUGCAGAUCCAAACCGGAGGGUUCGCAGCGAUGCUGUCGACUUAACUAAGGUGCUUUUCGAACAUUACAAAGGUUUGCAGCAACCCAUGUCGGGAGAUAAGCCGCCAAAGAAAAAAAGGAAGCGUUCCCUUAGAGCCGCCCAGCACUGGGGUCUCGGUACUAUCUAUGGUGAAGGAAAGGAGAGCGAUGAAGUAAAAUGGCUAGAGUUAGAUCAGGUUAUCAAGUUGAUGGAGCAGAUUACUGCCAAUGAUUUUUUUGGGUAUAUCGAAGACCCAGAAUAUAUUGGCAAUGUGUUGGCAAUAACUGUGGGCACUGGUGAAGGCAUUAGUUCUGGCCUCAAGGGCUCACUCAAGAGAAGCAUUUUUGUGUUUCUCAGCAGUCAUGCAGUCAACGCUCCGGGAUUGGAGAUUAGAUACCGGCUCCUUUCACAAAUUAACAAGAUCAACCUCGCUGGGGAUAUUCGAACCCAAAACUUACUUCCUGCACUAACCGACUGGCUAUCUGUUGAGGGCUAUGAUGAGCGAGUCCAGCAAUGCCAGGCGGAGCGCUUGGAUAUCUUGGCUAUUGAGAAACAAAUGGUUCAAGUGGUGAAUGCCGACGAACCAAGGAUCCUAAUUGAUAUCUUUACAAGAUGUGUUAGCCACUCUCUGCUUGGUGCUGCGGUUGAUCGUAUCAAGGAGAUAUGGAGUGCGAUUGAACUAGGUGUCCAAAUUGAGCUCGCGGCGGAAUUGCUUGAGAUCGAGUUGGAAGUAACACAGGAUUUCUCUGGCAUCGGUGUUCUGGAAAGAUUGAGGAUCCCCACGGCCGCCUUUCAGCAUUUCUUUGAUAACGCCCGGACUCAGCUUCAGGUAUCUUUGCCCCACAUCUCCGUUGGGCCCAAUAAAAGGAGAAGAGGAGUAUCUGAUGGGAUGAGCGAUGGGGCAAAGACUGAGAAACUGGAAGCCGCGCGUAGAAGGGCUACAGUUGUAACAGAUCUCUUGCACGCACAGGGCGCUGAGAGGCAUGGUAGUCUCUUAAAGUCUCUCUUCGGUAUUCUGUCGGAUCUGGCAGGCUCCCACUUUUCGGGGAUGGCAUAUUUGAAUCAGGUUUUGCUCGACUGCAUGAGCUCGAUUGUGGCAAAUAUUCAGGUAUCAUUUGCGAUUGACUCUCUUGACAGUGUCACCCUUUGGAGCUAAUGCUUUUUUUUUUUUUUGCUAGCGUUCCGGUGGCCCUGGUAUCGACGACAGUGUGAGACCGGAUGUCCUUGUUGAAUGUAUCCGCGCAGCAACGGCCCCCCAAGUUCAGAAUAGGGCAAUUCUCCUGUUAGCAAACCUGGCAGAUGUAGUUCCAGAGAGAGUACAACACAGCGUCAUGCCAAUAUUUACCUUUAUGGGGGCGAAUACCCUGCGAAGAGACGACGAGUACUCGGCAUUUGUUAUCGAGCAAACCAUAAAACGAAUCAUACCACCUCUAGUAAGGUCUCUUCAAUCGCAAGAAGGCAACCAACUUGUUGGAACAGCAGAGUUGGUAAACACCUUUGUGGCAAGCUACUCCCAUAUCCCAUCACAUCGCAGAGUGCGCCUGUUCGUCGCACUGAUAAACACAUUGGGCCCGGAGGAGUUUCUUUUUGCUGUCAUUGCAAAGUUGGGUGAAAAAUAUCUAUCUACUGAUGCCGAGAAUCCGGCCGGGGAAGAAGCGGUUGUUACCUCCUCGUGCAAGAUGAUGGUCGAAAGCUUUGACAUCGAUAUUCAGCUUGAGGCUAUCAAACGCUACUUGGAUCUAGUUACGGAAGUUCUUUGGCAUAUGAAGCAUGGGUUGUCAAAACACCUAUUCGAAGUCGCCAAGAGUGAUAGAUCCGAGCUUGCAGAGAGAUUACUUAACUUACUCUUCAUUGUUAUCGGAAACAAGAAGCUCCAGGAUUAUAUUGUCAAGAUGGACGACGGCAGUGACAUGCGCAGCGAGAAAUUCUCCCAAGUACUAGAGAGAGUUCUUGGCCCGCUGGAGUGGGGUCCGGGAAGUGGUGUGUACGAGGCGGCCUCCCGUGUCCUUAGCGGCCUACUUUACGGCCUACACAUACCCCGAUUUAUCUCCAUUGUUGAACAUCUUAUCUUCAACCCCGAAUCCAAUUUCCGUGGCGGUGCAUUGAAGACAUUUAGAGAUCGCCUGGCAAAUAUACGCAGAAUUGAUAGUGCCUCCGCAAAGGCUAUUGCCGGCUUCGCACCUAAAAUAAGUACUCUAAUUUCCGCUCAUGAUCCCGACAAACUGAGCAUUGAUGCCAUCGCAUGCAUCACUAGUAUCGUCAAACUUUGUCAAUCUGAAAUGCCCCCCAUCAUCGCCAGCAUCGCCGAUGCAGUUGUUGGACAUGGAGGACUGCACAGUUCUGAUGACUCGGCACAGGCCGUAUCCUUGGUUUGCCUCACCAGCCUAGCAGCUAAAUUUAAGGUACACCUUAUCCCAAUUCUACCAAAGGCAGUCCCCCGCAGUUUGGAGCUCUUGAGGGAGGGUUUGGGCGGCGGGACUGGGCACGAGGUCUUGCAUGACUAUGUGAUUGCGUUCCUGGAGGAGUUGGUCAAGAAUCUUCCUGUCUUCAUGACGAGUUGGCUGGAGAAGAUCAUGAAAUUGAUGUAUUAUUCUGCAGCCGUCAUGGAGGAGGAGGAUGAAGUUUGCGUAAGAUUUGGUUUUUUGAAGACUAUUGGUCAAAAAAUACAAUUGGAUGCAAUACUUCGGGUUUGCACUGAGACAUGGGAUCAGGUUAUUGAGGGGGGUGAAGUGGUAUGCCUGUUUGUUUUUUUUUACCCGCUCUGGUGCGACAUUUUACUAAUCCUCUAUACAGGCGAUCGAAGAGGUGCUGACGACUCUCGAAGUGGCGGAGAGCUCAACUAAAGGGGACGAGAAGCGCUCAAAGGCUACAAAGAGGCUAUUCCGGACAACAGACAGCUUGAAGCCUCUUCUCAAUAUAGUACUGCUGCUCCUCGAUCUUCGUAGAACACUCCUUGGUCUUGGGGAGACCGUGGAUAUUGAAGAGAAAAAAAUCCAGGAGCUAGAGGACCAGGCCCUCAAGGUCAUACUAAAGUUUGUAUACCGACUCAACCACGGGAAUUUCAGACCCGUGUUCCUCCAAAUUAUCGAGUGGGCCACGGAGGACCUUAGCAAAGGGUCAGCAACUAGUAUCAAUCGAUGUGUCGCGCUCUGGAACUUCUUAUACCUACUUGGUAGCGAUCUGGAGGUAAGCUAUACCUCCCCUCUAGGGUGAAAAAAAUUAUUCUACCGCCCUGAUAACUAAUCACAAUCACAGUCAAUUUUCACAAGCUAUUUCGGUUUCGCCCUUGAUAACGCCGUUGACAUUCUCACCAACGACAUCAUCUUCACCACCCACCUUCCCCUCUGGAAAUCUACCCUCAGAGCCCUGCGGGUAGCCUUUAAAUCCGACGACCACGAGUUCUGGCAAUCACCCACAACCUUCGGCAAGAUCGCUCCCAUACUCACCACGCAACUGGCCCGUGCCGCUGCUUCCGCCCCCGCUGUGCGCGAAUAUGUAUACCCUGCCCUAACAGAACUAGUCGGUGCGAUACAGGGCUCCGAAGAGCACGCCAAGGUGAUUAAUGGUAAAGUCCUGGAGCAGAUGAAGGCCGACGAUAAAAUGGCUAGGAUUGCGGCUGCUGAGGCAUUGAAGGAUAUUUACGCUCAGGCUGGGGAGGAGUGGUUGAACUUUUUGCCAGAGAGUGUGCCUGUCAUUGCGGAGCUUAUGGAGGAUGAGGAUGAGGGAGUUGAGACUGCAGCGCAUUUGCUGGUUGUGGCGAUUGAGAAGCAUCUGGGUGAGGGGGAGUUGCAGGCUAUGCUAACUUGAUAGAUAAGGGGGUGGGCGUGUUUUUGAGGGUGUUAAUUGUACAUAAUAUUUUUUUUCCAUGGGUGAAUAGAUAAAUUUAUCAUCAGUAGUGUGAAAUUCAUACCCUAUAUUACUUAG